AUGUAUGUCCUGGCCUACGGAAUCGGACCUCUGCUCUGGUCACCACUCUCCGAGAUCCCAUCCCUUGGUCGAAACUCGUUGUACAUCUUCACUUUUGCCAUAUUCAUUGUUCUCCUCAUCCCUACGGCCCUGGUGAACAACUUCCCAGGCUUGGUCUUCCUACAAUUUCUCCUAGGAUUCUUUCGAAGUCCUUGCCUCGCUACUGGUCCGGGGACGUUGGGUGACAUGUAUGCCUUCGGCAAGCUUUCAUACGCACUAUCGACUUGGGCUGUCGUUGCUACAAGCGGUCCCGCAGUUGGUCCUCUGCUUUCUGGCUACAGCGUGCCGGCGACUGGUUGGCGACGGUCCACCUGGGAGUUGCUGUGGCUCAGUGGUCCGCUGUUCAUAGCCUUCUUCUUCCUGGUUCUAAAGGCAUCGCCUUCCAACAUUCUCCUUCAACGUACUCAACGACUGCGCGAACAAACCGGCCAAUCUUGUUUCAGAAGCCAGGGCGAGAUUGAUCAAUCCAAGCGCCAUACCCGGGAAGUUGUCACCGAAGCACUCUGGCGGCCAAUUCAAACCAUGAUCCUCAAUCUAUCUAUUGGAUUCACCGCACUUUACGUUGCCCUUAUAUACGACAUCUACUAUUCUUUCUUCGAGUGCUUUCCAAUGGUCUACGAAAGAAUAUUUGGAAUGUCGCUCGGAGCGCAAGGUCUCGUCUACCUGUCCAUCGCCGUCGGGAUCACUGUAGGGCUGGUGAUGUACCUAAUCUGGAUACGCAUUACAUGGGAGCCUGCCGUACGGACCUGGAACAUUGGGCCCCCAGAACGCCGCCUCAUUCCUGCUCUCUUCGCAUCGUUCUUGCUUCCAAUAGGACUGUUCCUCUUCGCUUGGACAGCAACUUCCGAUAUCCACUGGAUCGUAUCCAUUGUUGGAAUCGCUAUCAUGAGUGGCGGCAUAUUCAUGAUCAUGCAACCCAUUUUCCUCUACUUUCCCCUGAGCUAUCCCAAGUACGUAGCAUCUGUCUUCGCUGGUAAUACCGUCGCUCGGUCAGUACUUGCUGCCGCCAUCGUUCACUGUUCACAACCAUUGUAUGUCAAUCUGGGAAUCAAUAGAGGCGUGAGUCUGCUGGGAGGGUUCACUGUUGGUUGCAUCUUUAGCAUCUGUGCCCUAUACCAUCUUGGUCCGUCAUUGCGAGCAAGAUCCGAGUUCGCGCCCUGA